CACAUCUCACAUUGGCAAAGCUCUGGCUUAGCAGAUUCAGUGUGGAAGCAGCUGCCGAAAAGGCCAGAAGGACUUAAUCCUCAAUUUCGGAUGAGUUGCCUUCCUUCAAACCACUGAGAUGAAGGGGGCAAGGCUGUUUGUUCUGCUCUCCAGCAUAUGGAGUGGGGGCCUUGGGCUUAACGACACCACGCAGACUUGGGCUGCAUCCGAGGAUGGCAACUCCCAGAAGAAUAUGAGCUCUGCUUCGGUUCCUCUAAAUAAAAUACAAAGUCACCAAAUGCUGCCAACCACUCAGGCCGUGCCAGCUGAGACGGCCCCUGAGGCCAGAACCUCCGAAGAGAGUCGCCUGAAGUCAGCACCGUCUCGCCCAGAGUCAGGCGCAUCCCCUGCGGGUGUGAGACACCCAGGCCUCAGGUCCACGGAGGGGACAGAAGAAAGGGUGCUGCAGGUGCAAACCCUCGCCCCGGCGGCCAAGUCCAGCAUCCAGGUUAGUGCCGGAGCAGAGCCCGUGGUCCUUUCCAACUCCACGCUGAAAUUUCUGCAGAGCUUUGCCACAAAGUCGAAUGAGCAAGUGACUUCUCUAAACGCAGUUGGCGCCGUGGGAAAUCGAUCACCCCGGGAAGCAUAUCUCGGCAGAGGGGACACCAGGGAAAGCCAGAGAACCAGCUACCAAAAGCCAAGCUUCGAGACAACUAGAGGGAAGAACUGGUGUGCGUAUGUACAUACCAGAUUAUCUCCCACAAUGAUACUGUACAACCAAGCCACUAAUGUUCCCAGUGGGAGAGCGCCUUGUGGCUGGAACAGCGGGUUCUGUCCUCAGAGACCUCAGAGGACAGCAAAGCCUGUCUACAGGAUGCAACAUAAAAUUGUUACCUCAUUGGAAUGGAAGUGCUGUCCUGGAUUCAGUGGAGCAAAAUGUGAGCUAAAAGCCCCGGAACGGCAGCGGCUGACCCACACCAGCCAGGCGGAGAGCCACGCGGCUGUCGGCGGAGAGGCAGGCGGGCAGCGGCGGCAGGACUGCUGUGACCCGGCAGUGACACAAAAACUGACUGACCAGAUGAACCUCCAGGCAGUGAAACUGACCCUUCUGCAGAAGAAGAUUGAUGAUAUUUCUUUGGUUGUGACUGAUGUAAGGAACACCUACUCCUCCCUGGAAGAGAAAAUCAAUGAAGAUAGAGGCAAGGAAUUUCAAUCUUUUCUAAAAGGUCUAAAAUCCAAAAGCAUUAAUGAUCUGAUAAAGGAGAUAGUUAAACAACAAUUGAAAAUUUUCCAAAAUGACAUGGGAGAGACAAAAGCUCAGCUCCUCAAGACUGUAUCGAAACUAUCAAAGGACCUCGAAGACACCAAACGCGUAAUUCAACAAGUCAAUGAAUCCGUGGUGUCAAUAGCAGUCCAGCAAAAUUCUGUUUUAAUGCAGGAAAAGAGUCCCACUUUAACUGAUAUACUAGAUCUGAAAAAUCACAUUGUGAAUAUAAGACAAGAAAUGACUUUUGCAUAUGAGAAGCCUAUUAAAGAACUAGAAGCAAAACAGACUUAUUUAGAAGGUGCUCUAGAACAGGAACGGUCAAGGAACAUUCUGUAUCACGAAUCCCUCAAUAAGACACUUUCUAAAAUGAAGGAGGUACAGGAGCUGCUUCUGUCAACUGGACAAGCAUCACAUCAGGAGAGUGUUCCAGCUGCAGAGUCGGUUCGCAACAAUGUCCCUGAGCACCUGUCUACUCUUCAUGAGAAUGUAAAGAAGCAAGGUUUGAUGGUCUUGCAAAUGCUGGAGGAUCUGCACAUCCAAGACAGCAAGAUUAGCAACCUCACCAUCGCUUUGGAAAUGGAGAGAGAGCUUGUCAGGGGUGAAUGUGAAGACUUGUUAUCCGAGUACAGAAGUGAUUUUAAAUUUCAAAUUAAGGAAACAGAAGAGAAUUUACAAAUUCUAAACCAAACGUUAGCUGAGGUUCUCUUUCCCAUGGACAAUAAAAUGGAUAAAAUGAAUGAGCAACUAAAUGACUUGACUUUUGAUAUGGAGAUCCUUCAACCCUUGCUUGAGCAAGGGGCAUCACUUAGAGAGAUAGUGGCAUAUGAACAACCUAAAGAAGCAAAAGCUACAAGGAAAAAAGUGGAAAAUCUGACUAGUGCUGUCAACAGUCUAAAUCUUCUUGUCAGAGAACUUACAAAAAGAUACAACUUACUUAGAAAUGAAGUACAGAGUCGCAGUGAUGCCUUAGACAGACGUAUCAAUGAACAUGCCUUAGAAAUGGAAGAUGGCCUAAAUAAGACAAUGAUUAUUAUAAAUAAUGCCAUUGAUUUCAUUCAAGAUAACUACAUGUUAAAAGAGACUUUAAGUACAAUAAAGUGCAAUCCCAAUGCCCUUGAUAAAUGUAGCCAAAAUAUGGAAACUAUUUUGACAUUUAUGACUCAAUUCCAACAUUUGAAUGAUUCUGUUCAGAUUUUGGUCAAUGACAAUCAGAGAUAUAACUUUGUCUUGCAAGUUGCCAAGGCCCUUGCAGGUAUUCCUAAAGAUGGAACACUAAGUCAGUUCAACUUUCAAAAGAUUUAUCAAAUGGUCAAUGAAACCACUGCCCAAGUGAUAAAAUACCAGGAAAAUAUGAGUCAUUUGGAGGAAAAAGUGCUCUCAGCCACAAAGAUUUCCCAAACUUUUGAAACUCGGUUGCAAGACAUUGAGUCUAAAGUGACCAAGACGCUCAUACCUUAUUAUGUUUCACUAAAAAAAACCAGUGUGGCCACAAAUGAGAGAGACCAGGUUCUUCAACUGCAGGUAUUAAAUUCUAGAUAUAAGGCACUAGAAGCAAAAUCCAUUCAUCACUCAAUUAACUUCUCCUUACUUAACAAAACCGUCUAUGAAGUUUUGACGAUGUGUCAUAAUGCUUCUACACGUAUAUCAGAACUGAAUGCUACCAUACCUAAGUGGAUAAACGGCUCCCUACCAGAUAUUCAGCUUCUUCGAAAAGGUCUGACAGAAUUUGUAGAAACAGUAGUUGAAGUAAAAACUCAAAUUGCUGUAUCUAAUUUAAGUUGGUAUAUAAAUCAAUCAUUAUCUAGUAGUCUUGCAAAUGUUUUCAAGUCUCAGAAGCAAGUAAAAUCAUUGCUGAAGAAAAAUGCAUUUAGGAAACCACCAGUGAAUGUUACCACUGUCCUGGUCAACCGAGCCCAAAGAAACACAGACAACGUGCCAGCUUCUGUAACAGAGGAAGUGUGUAGCAGGUCCCCCUGCGAGAACGGGGGCACAUGUAUAAGUGGGAGAACCAGCUUUAUCUGUGCUUGCCGACACCCCUUCACUGGCCACAACUGCACUGUCAAGCUGGUGGAAGAAAAUGCCUUAGCUCCAGAUUUUUCCAAAGGAUCUUACAGAUACGCACCUAUGGUGGCAUUUUUUGCCUCUCACACAUACGGAAUGACUGCCCCUGGUCCUAUUCUAUUUAAUAACUUGGAUGUCAAUUAUGGAUCUUCAUAUACUCCAAGAACUGGAAAAUUCAGAAUUCCGUAUCUUGGGGUGUAUGUUUUUAAGUACACCAUUGAGUCACUAAGUCCUCAUAUCUCUGGGUUUUUAGUGGUUGAUGGAAGAGACAAGCUCACAUUUGAGUCUGAAAAUAUUAACAGUGAAGCACAUUGCGAUAGGGUGUUGACUGGGGAUGCCUUAUUGGAAUUAAAUUAUGGGCAGGAAGUGUGGCUACGACUUGUCAAAGGCACAAUUCCAGCCAAAUUUCCCCCAGCCACUACAUUUAGCGGCUACUUGUUAUACCGAACAUAAAUUAGCAUGAAAGGCAGACUCGCACCCCUGCUGAGAAGCUGCCAGUGUUUUUACUUACCUUUGCAUGCACAUCUGCUCUGUUUUUAGUUUUUCUACACAACAUGAAAAUCAACUUCUUUUUUAAUCUGAGUAAGGCUGAAAAUUUAUUUCAUAAAAUUAUUGGAAUAUCUUUUAGAUAACCUGAAUAUGAGGGUAUUCUUGCUCCUAAAAAGAUUCAGUGGCACAGAAGAAAAAGCGCAUGUGCUAACAUAACUAUUUUUUUCUCAUGUUAAGUCAUUUCAAUCUAAGGUAAUAUAAAUUGGUAAUGACUCAAUAUUGUCAGUCACAGCAGUCUUUCCAAUAAAACAUUAACUUGUGUUAUACUCUGCAUACAUAAAUAUUAACAUAUUUCUUGAAUUCACAAAUUCAAAUAAAUUACUCUAAGAUCAA